AUGAAUAUGAGGGCAAGGGCAGAUAAAUAUUUCGGUGACUUCCUCCUUAGAGUUGGCAACAAGGAGCAACCAACGUCAGAUGAUGAUUUAAUAAUGAUACCAGAGCAAAUGGUGGUGAAACAUAGAGAUGAAGAAAGUUGUGAGGAGGAAUUGAUUGAUGCCAUAUUCCCGUCUUUGAAGGAAAAUUGGAGCUUAGUAGAAUACAUGACAAAACGAGCAAUCUUAGCAACAACGAAUGAGUAUGUGGACAAACUCAAUCAAAAGAUGAUACAAAUAUUUCCCAAAGAAAGCAAGAUUUUUGCCAGUUUUGAUGAAGCAGUAGAUGAUACAAACAAUUACUAUCAAGAGGAAUUUCUAAACAUUCUAUUGCCAAAUGGACUACCACCACAUCGACUUGAACUGAAAGUGAAUUGCCCGAUAAUACUCUUGAGAAAUUUAGAUCCAUCUAAUGGAUCGUGCAAUGGAACAAGGAUGGUUUGUAAGAGAUUUUCUACUAAUGUAAUACAUGCAGAAAUAACUGUUGGACAACAUUCAGGAAAACAUGUUUUCUUGCCAAGGAUUCCACUCUCACCCGCAAAAAAUGAGAGAUACCCAUUUCAAUUCAAAAGAAAACAAUUUCCAAUCAGACUUUGCUUUGCAAUGACAAUCAAUAAAGCCCAAGGACAAACAAUACCAAAUGUGGGAGUGUAUUUGCCUGAGCUCAUAUUCUCACAUGGACAAUUAUAUGUUGCGUUAUCCAGAGGAAUCUUGAUGUCAAUUACAAAAGUCUUGGUGAAGUCAAACAAAAUGAAGAGGAAAAAAGGAACAUACACGAAGAACAUAGCGUACAAAGAAGUGUUAUUGCCACAAAGUUUAUUAAUGAAUGAAGCAAAUGAUGCUAUCAAAAACGUCAAAAGGUCAUUCAUGCUUUGCAUUAAAUACAAAGGACAAAAACUGAAUAUGAAGGCAACUCACGGAGGUAAACUAAAUGGCAAUGAUGGAGGAUCAAUGAUAUAG